UUAAUGACAGUGUUGGAGAGUUUUCCAGGUCUCUUAAUGGAGAUAAUAAGUAAGGUCAAAGUCCCAUAAAUCUACUUCUGUUGACAAACAACGUAUAGUGGAUGUACAUAUCCAGUCACGGACUUUUGUACCAAGGACUUUACUGUGUGUAAUAAUUAUCACGGAUUUCAAUGUCAGUGAACACGUUCAUCUAACUGAUUCACAUUCAUCCUGAUUGUUAAAAAUGAGAUUUUAUGUGAUAUUUUUGUGCACGAUUAUCAAACUUCUGAUUCCGUCCGAAUCGCUUAACUUCAAGCCAAACAUAGUAAUAUUCCUGGCGGACGACCUGGGGUACGGGGAUGUGGGUGUGUUCGGGAACAACACAGUGCGGACGCCCAACAUAGACGCUCUUGCUAGCGAUGGGAUAAAACUGACCCAUCACCUGGCAGCGGCUAGUGUGUGUACCCCCAGCAGGGCAGCCUUACUGACGGGGCGCCUCCCAAUCAGGACAGGAAUGUUUCCGGAUGGUAGAAUAGUGGUGAACGUGUUUGCCGCCAACGGUGUCGGCCUUCCGACGUCUGAGGUCACGUUGGCAGAAAUCGCCAAGACGGCAGACUACAAAACAGCCCUCGUAGGUAAAUGGCAUUUAGGAUUGAACAAAGAUUAUAGAGGAGAUAUGGCGUUUCACCCUCGAAAUCGAGGUUUUGAUUUCUAUUAUGGUCACAUUCUCACAAACAUGAAGGACUGGAGCAAUGAAGGGGACCGAGUGUUGCUUUCUCAGAGACCGAAUUUUUACAAAGAAAUAGGCGCUGUGUUUUGUGUGGGAUUAUUGUCGUUGAUAUUCUUGGUAAAGGUUGGUCUAAUUGGACGGGGGUUAUGUAUCUUACUCUUCCUUGUGAUGAUUUCACCAAUGGUCUAUUUAGUGUUUGUUUUCAACAAUAUGGCAAGGUUAAAUGGACUUCUGUAUCGAGAUUUUGAGCUUGUUGAACAACCAAUUCACUUAGAAACCCUUUCCUACCGAUACACACAGGAAUCCAUUAAGUUUCUGAAGGAGAGAGAGCGCGACAACCACCCAUUUCUGAUGGUUGUUUCUUGGGAUCAUGUGCACACUGCUUUAAAGACAUUAAAGAAAUUUCGUGGAAAAUCGCAGCACGGUCGAUAUGGUGAUGCCAUCGAAGAAAUGGACUCUGGGAUAGGUGACAUUAUGAAUGCUCUUGAUAAAUUUGGUUUUGGCAGAAACACAAUGAUAUACUUUACUUCUGACAAUGGGGCCCAUUUAGAGGAAACGGGGAUAAAUGGCCAAAGCGAUGGGGGCUCCAAUGCGCCUUUCCGGGGAGGGAAAGCUCACCCUGCUGUUGACGGGGGUAUACGUGUACCAACUGUUAUACGGUUUCCUGGUGUUUUACCUAGGGGUAAAGUUAUAGAAGAACCAACACAACAAAUGGACAUGUUCAGCACCAUUGUCCGUCUCAUUGGUGGAAAGGUUCCAAAGGACAGAACCAUUGACGGAAAGGAUAUCUUACCUUUAUUACAAUUCAAAGAAAACAAAAGUCCCCACGAAUUUAUGUUCCAUUAUUGUGGUCCACAUCUACAGGCAGUGAGAUACAGACCCGACAAAGGGAAGAGUGUUUGGAAACUAGUGUCGGAACUACCAGAUUACAAACCAGGCGAGGACAAGUGUUACGGCCUGGCCUGUAGCUGUUCAACCAUCAUAAAACAAGACCCGCCAUUAUUGUACGAUUUGACCUCAGAUCCAGGGGAGAGAAAUCCAAUCACUUAUAAAUCAAAUCCAUCGUUACAGAAAAUUGUAGAUAAAAUGACAGUAGCAAUAUCCGAGCAUAAAAAGACUGUGGGCACACCAGAGAGUAGAAUGACAUUUUUCAAAUUAUUAUGGAGACCUUGGUUUCAGCCAUGUUGUAAUUUCCCAUCGUGCUCUUGCUCAGACUCUGUAUACAAAGAUUUUGUAGACAGUUAAAUUUAAAUAUUGUUAAAAAAUUUAUUGUAGAAUUGGGUUCUAGGAGAUGGAAUGCAUUGUAAUGGAGAAAGAAAAGCAUAAUAAAACAACACAGAUAUUAAACUA